AUGGUGAUCCCUGAUAUUCGGAUACGAAUGCACUUCCUAGUAUUGGCGUUGGCAUCGCUUGCUUUGGCUUCCACCUCCAAAGCUUUCUACAUCCCUGGAUACUCUACCAAAAGUUACCGGGACGGCGAUGACAUCCCAGUAUUGGUAAAUAAGAUAUUUUCUGACAACAGCCAGCUCCAGUAUGCCUAUUUCGAGCUUCCGUUCGUAUGUCCUCCCACGGGCCAGAAGCGCGGCAGCUCUCCUUUCGGUAGCGGCCACAGCAUAUCACUCAAUCUCGGCGAGGUGCUUCGUGGGGACCGGAUUAUGACCUCCGAUUUCGAUGUUGUGAUGGGGAAGGAUGUCGAGUGCCAGUUCUUAUGUGUUCGUAAAGUCGAUCGCAAGGGCGUCAAGUGGGGCAAGGAACUCAUAUCCGACGGAUAUCUUGCAGAGUGGAUUAUGGACAACCUCCCUGGUGCAACAAGUUUUGUCACUGUGGACCGGUCACAAAAAUACUAUGCCACUGGCUUCAAGCUGGGAUAUCUUGAUUUUUCUCCAGUCGACGGCAAAGCUAGAUACUUUAUAAACAAUCACUUCACAUUUGUUAUCCGCUGGCGCGAAGCACCGGGUAAAGCUGGUGCACAGGGUGGAAAGGCGAUUGUGGGUUUCGAGAUCCAUCCCAAAAGUAUCUAUACAAAUGAUAGGGUUGACGGCGGUUGUCCCAAAAGAGUCCAAGGUGACCAUGCUGGCUUGGAAUUAUAUCUUGCCCCAAAUAACACGAGGCUCGCACAACAAUACCCUGGCGCAUCUUACCUCCCGGAAGACGACGUGGAUGAAGAUGAUGGAGCCACCCUCUCCAUCCCAUACACCUAUUCCGUGUACUUCCGGAAAGAAGACACAGUCGAGUGGUCGAAUCGGUGGGAUUUAUAUUUCAAUAACCAAGCAGAAGGCAACAUGACUCACUGGCUGGCAAUCUUGAAUUCCUUAAUAAUAUCUGGAAUGCUGGGUGUCACAGUGUUCGUAAUAUGGAGUAGAACGGCUCAAGGAGACGUGAAGGGUCGUAGAGAUGUAUCGAUGGAGGAGGGAAAGAUCAAAUUGAGGCACCGCAAAUCCAAAAGUGGAUCCAGAACUCCAAAAUCCGGAGAAAAGUCACCCAACGGGCUUCUUAGCGACGCGGAAGCAGACGAACUCGAUUCUGAAGAUGAGCUCGAGGAUGUCGCCGGGUGGAAACUUCUACAUGGAGAUGUCUUUCGCACACCGGAAUAUAGCGGAUUGCUUGCACCCCUCGUUGGAUCAGGGAUGCAACUACUUUUCAUGGCCACCAUCCUCCUGAUAUUGAGCUGCUUUGGAGUGCUAAACCCAAGCUUUCGCGGUGGCUUUAUUAGUGUUGGCGUAGGACUUUUCGUUUUCGCAGGCUUAUUCUCUGGCUACUUUUCUGGAAGACUUUACAAGACAUUUGGCGGCCAAAACUGGUGGAAAAACACCAUGAUCACCGCCCUUUUAUUCCCAGGACUACUCUUUUGCCUAAUUUUCUUUUUGAACCUUUUCGUGUGGGCUCAGGCGUCCAGCACAGCCCUGCCAUUCGGCACUCUUGUUGGCCUGGCUGCUCUCUGGUUCCUUAUCCAGGUCCCCCUCGUCUAUAUCGGUAGCUGGGUUGGAUAUAUGCGGGUGAAACCCUGGGACCAUCCAACACGAACGAACGCAAUCCCAAGACAGAUUCCCCCUCAAUCCUGGUAUCUGAGAUCUGUAUCCGGGACUCUUCUUACCGGACUUGGGCCGUUCGCUGUACUUUUUGUCGAGCUGCUUUUCGUCUUCAGGAACCUUCUACAGGACAAAAGCGGAUACUACUAUGUAUUUGGAUACUUCAGUGUGGUAUGCACGAUUUUAAUCAUUACUGUCGCCGAAGUUACAAUCAUUGCGACAUACGACCGAUUAUGCGGCGAAAAUCACCACUGGUGGUGGCAAAGCUUCUUUACAGGCGGGAGCAGUGCAUUUUGGAUCUUCAUGUACUGCAUAUGGUACUACUACGCCAAACUCCAUGUCCGCGGGUUUGUCUCAAGUCUGUUAUUCUUUAGCUACAGCUUCCUCGGUUGCGCUGUGUAUGGCCUAUUAACCGGCACCGUUGGGUUUCUGUCUGCCUAUGCAUUUAUUCGCCGUAUAUACAGCUCUGCAAAAGUUGACUAG